UUAAGUACAAUUCCCUUUUUAAGCCUGGUUACGAAUCUCUGCUGAAGAUGUUACACUAGAACGGUCGAAAACAGAUGUGAUCGUAUGGCCGCUACAGUUUCUGCGACGUUACGGCUACACUUCAGCUGGUGUUUUCUUUUUUGAAAGUGGCAGACGUUGUCCCACUGGAGAGGGUUUACAUACAUUCCAAAGUCAAAAUGCAGAUGCUAUUUUUCAGCUUGUACAAUCGCGGAUACAAGAUAAUGCCAAUAUUCAUCACGCUGAAACUAUGAGACGUAAUGAGAGAGCUAGGAGCACGGGACCCACUAUGGGUACAGGUGUAUCUGUGCGAUCCGACUCGGCAUGUUUGCCUCCUGACAGUUUCCACCCACAUCGUCAUAAUACGUUUGUGGACCAGCGUAUCGUUGGAAAUAUUGUCUCUGAAAACACAAAUCCAUCGGCUAUGGAUGAUGCCACUUUGGGCAGAAAAAGUUCAGCAGCCAGCCAAUGUUCUAGUGUGUUUUCUGUCCCCUAUGUGAACAUUUCUCCUCAAGAGGUUUUCAUUGACGCACCCCCCAGAACUCGCGGGGUAUCCUCUUCGAGUAGUCAGUGCAGUCUUCCGCCCACACCUACUCGAACAAUGUUCCCAUUACGAUGGGAUACCGGAGCAGGAUCAACGAAUGUGCUCUGCUAUACCAAACCACUCUCACCGCCACCCAGUUACAGUAGCCAUGACAAUACCUUGACCGUAGGCGAUGCUACAUCUCCGGGUCGUUAUGUAAAUAUUACUGAGGUAACUAUUGCCUUCUGA